UGGGAUUCCCAUUGCACCUUGCCCUACCCCACCUUUCUUGAUCCUACUUACUUUACCAUUGCUCCUGAGCUUCUUCUACUCUAUCAGCUUCUUGGGCAGAAGAGUGGAGCCGUGGCUUCUGGCGAUGGACGUUCUUACCCAGAGGAUCAGUCUGUUGCUAAGUGAGACACAUGCGAGCCAAUACAGCGACCAUUCGGAAGCGGAUCGAUGGUCUUCAGAUGACUACGACGAUGACGAGGAUGAUGACUUAUUGACACGGAACUUCCAUUUCCAUGAGACGGAAUCGAGAUCUGUGAAGAGAGACUCCAGGAAAGCACAGAUCGUUCUGGGACUAAUCGCGGAUGGCAAGAAGAAGGUCCAAGAAUGGUCACCCCUUGGAGACAGAGGAAGAGAUCCAGGACCUGCCCAGCUUGUUAGAACAAGAUCGCGGAGUGAGGAGCGACCUUUGCUCACUAAAGCAAGCGAUGAAGGCCCAUUACUCGUUAACGAUCCUCACGAUCAUCAUAGGAAUGCGAGUAUCGAAUUCGCAAAGCCAGUUUCAUUCGCAGCGCAUCGGCACUCAGUCAGCCUGGUUGACAUCGACACCACUGGAAUCGUGCGAAACCCUUCUCCUGUCAAACAACCUGCCCCGCUGGCAUUAACGACGCAUGAAGCUAGCAGGCCUUCUACGGACCGUGAUUUGCAUAGUGCUCGAUUGCCACCUUCAAGGUCCGGAAAACGGGAUAGCGGGUCUGCAUUCGUGAAUUUUUCACGACCUCUAUCAAGCUCAAUCACAUCUCCCAAUGGAGACAGACCCUCUUCCAUGGACAAGCCUAGCGCAUCCGUGGUUACUCCUGCAGCUCCCGUAUUUGCAAGUUCUGCGGCUACAUACACCAGAACAGCGCCGUCAGUGACAAGUACUCAACGGCCAUAUGCCGAAACUGCUAAGAAGGUUGUCCGGGACGAUAUAGGCUUGCCCCGGACCCCUUCUCACAAUACUCUCGCUCUUGCCCAACCGAUCUUCCAACGCCAGCCACUUCCUAACAACUUUGCCAUCCGGCGAAAUUCAGUAGCAGAUCUGGAUAUACACCCUUACCAGCGCCAAAAGCGACCUAGAUCUGGGAGCCUAUGGGGCAGUCUCCCCGUCUGCGGUCUCCUCAGCAUCUGUCCGAAGCCUCAUGUUCGACUUCCCGAUAACGAUGAAGACUACACAAGAGUAUCAUCUAGGCGACGCACCGAGCUUGGAAAGAGCAAGUUAACGGAAGAUAACCUCAGGCGGUGGGAGGAUGAAAUCGGGUUUGCAAGGAGACCAAUCGAUCAAAGCGCGCUACCCCGGCCAAUGCGCCCACCUAUGCAGCAGAUCAAUGCUUCACAAAGUAUACUGCCACCGCCGACUCUCAACAAAGAGCUUCCUACUCCACCUACUAUCUGCAUACCUGAGGCACAGGCCGACGAUCAGCUGCCUAGCCCAAGCUCUUACUCGGUUCCAUCACCGCCGCCCAAGGACAAUUGGGAUCCUUUCUACCAUCACCCCAAUGUUCCAGUCGAGCUACCCAAGCCUAUAUGCAGAGUUUGUAAUGAGGCAAAACCCCUAAAUCAAUUCUCUGUCCGCCAAUGUACACGUAGAUGUACGCACGCGCCUACCGCGUGCAGGACUUGCGUCGAACAAUGGAUCGAGAUCUGCAUAGACGACAAAGGGUCUGAAAAUGUGGUGUGCCCAGAAUGUAACGAACACAUGGAUUGGGAAGACGUGCGAUUUUUCGCCAAUCUAGCGACGUUUGAGCGAUAUUCUCAAAUGCAGAUAUGAUGAGCUGAUCACUAGAUCUGCCCUCUACAAAAUUGAUGCCUUCUUUUGGUGUCUUUCACCUCAAUGUUCAAGUGG